CACAUCACGCAUUUUCCAUUUCUAAGUUUUUUUUUUUUAUUCUCUCUCUCUCUCUCUUGGUGGGGCAUCAUCCUCAUUCUUCUUCCUCUUCUCCCAUGUUCAACCAGUUUUCAAAUCUUGACCCCGCCUAUACUCUACUCUGCCUUCCUCAUUUGUCUGACUAAUUAUCUGGAUUGUGUUUUUGGUAGUUUUGAAUUCCACCGCCAAAGUGCCAACGUCUUUAGUUUAACUCCAUAUCUCUGCCUUCCCAUAUAGCUCCUCUCUCUCUCAUUUUCCGCUCCAUUUUCUGCUUCUGAUAUGGCAAAUUCACCUAGUGACACAGGGUUUACCAAGUGUUUUUCGGGUGCUGUACGCCGGCUACUAUGCACAGGUAGUCUCCCAACACACCCAUCUGAUCAGAUUCCAGAAUUGAGCACAGAUGAGCUGAAGAAUCCAUGUAAAGAUUCAGAGGGUGAGGCCAAGGUUGAGGUUGGUGCUAGUCCAGGAAUAGUGGCAAGGCUAAUGGGGUUGGAUUCAUUGCCAGAGAGAAAUUGGGUUCCAAGAGCAGCAGCUCUGAAUUCAAUUACUCGAAGCAUGUCUCUGAAUUUCAUGGAUUACUUUCCGGAAGUUGAUCCAGCUCAAGGUGGCCAGCAUCGUCGUGUUAGGACUUCAGUGUCCUUCCGUGAGGUCCCCACCUCCCUGCACCAGCAAAAUCAUGACUGCUUUGUUCUCUUCUUGGAGAAUGUGGGUGAAGCAGGGGAGAUGGGACCACACAUGAGGAAAUCUGAAAUGAGGUUUCCAGAAUUGAAGCAGAAGAAAGAAGAGAGAAGCAAAAGCAAAGACAACUCGAAAGAGAAGGCGCUCGUGAAGAAAAGGGAGAGUGGAGAGAACAGCAAGAGGGCUUGUAAAGGAAAGAAUGAGCCGAAGAGGGUGUCUGGUAAACUUUCUUCCAAGCUUGGUACCUGCUAUGGAGUUGAGGACUCUGGUUCAGUCUUGCUUCAGAAGAAGAAGGAUGUUCCUGCAACUUCCAAGGUGAAAAGCCCAGUGAGGGAAGCCUCAGUUGGAUCAAAAUUCACAAAGAAGAAGGACAAGGGUCAGCGCGGAGUCAACAAAGUAGAGCCAGAGUGUGAUUCAGAAAAUUCAAGUCCAGUUUCAGUUCUUGAUCACUAUGGUUUUCCAGUCCAUCAUCCAACUCCAUCAGCAGGACAUUCAAGGAAGAUGGGAUCCAAAAGGAAGAAAUCGUCAUCAAAACUGUCUAACUGGGACUACCCAGCUCCAAACCUCAUUCGAAUAUCAAACACUGAAGAUCAAGAACAAAGGGCAAUCAGGAAAAAGGAAAACAAGCGAUCCAAGAAAGAUUAUUACACAGAAAUGUUCAGCAAGGUCUGCAAGUUGACUGAAGAAGAAAUGAAAGAGUCCAAGUGGGAAGCUAAAGAAGCGAGUAAGACUGAAUAUUUAGAAGAGAUCUGCACAGAGUUUGAGCAACAAAUCCUCAAUCUUCUGUUACACCAGGUUGUCAAUGAACUCAAGGAAUUUCCCAUGUAAAGCCAUGCAAACUUUCUUCCAAACAUGUGGGUUGGUUCAAACCCCAAUUUCUAGUGACAGUGUGAAUGAGAAAUGAAAUUUGAAUUGGAAUUCAGGUGUGAAA